AUGUUCAAUUAUUGUUUGUUUGAUAAGGUUAUUUUGAUUAAUCUUUCUACUACUACUACUACUACUACUACUACUGUUACUACUACUACUAAUACUACUACUACUACUGUUACUACUACUACUAAUACUACUACUACUACUGUUACUACUACUACCAAUACUACUACUACUACUACUACCAAUACUACUACCACUACUACUACUACUACUAAUACUACCAUUACUACUACUACUACUACUGUUACUACUACUACUAAUACUACUACUACUACUGUUACUACUACUACUACUAAUACUACCAUUACUACUACUGCUAUUACUAUCACAAUCAUAAUAUUAUUGUACACCUUUUAUUUUCAAUGA